AUGGCUCCCUCACCCUCUUCCAAGAGGCACCCACUCUACCGCGGAAUCCGUUCGCGGGGAAGAAAAUGGGUCUCCGAAAUCCGCGAACCGCGCAAGGCCUCCCGCAUAUGGCUCGGCACCUUCCCCACGCCGGAGAUGGCCGCCGCCGCCUACGACGUCGCAGCAUUGGCCUUGAAAGGCGACGGCGCCGUUCUCAACCUCCCUCACUCCGUUUCCAAGUAUCAAAUCCCUGCAACCAACUCUGCGGUGGAUAUACGUACUGCUGCCUCCGCUGCAGCCGCAAUGGUGAAGGCUGAAACUGAAGCUUCCCACAACAUUGCAUCGCAAACUGAAGCUACCCACAUUGAUGCGUCACCAUGGUGGUUUCAAAACGAUUUCCUUGACGAGGAAGCCCUUUUCGGCAUGCCAAGUCUUCUCGUUGACAUGGCCGGGGGAAUGCUUCUGUCGCCGCCCAGAAUGACCUCGCCACCGUCCGAUAACUCGCCGGAGAAACAAGGUGCAGAAACUUUGUGGAGUUAUUUUUGACAUACGAACUUCAGAAAACCUGUGUAAUUUCACUAUUGUUUUUAAGA